AUGCGGAAAGGUCGGGCGGCGGAAGAGAUCGCGGAGGAAGGCAGCGAAGGAGAUCGGCAUGACGGCAGAGGAGGGCGGUGGAGGAGUGGCGCUGUGAGAUCGGAGCGGCGCUGUGAGAUCGGCGGUGGAGGAGCGGCGCUGUCAGAUCGGCGGAGGAGGGGCGCUGUCAAUAAGGGAGAAAAGAAGCCCGCUGAGAAGAAGCCGGCGGAGAAGAAGAAGAGCAUCGUCGCCAAGAAAGCUCCGAUGGAGAAGAAGCUGAAGGCGGGGAAGAAGCUGCCCAAGGAGGGCAGAGCAGCUGCCGGAGACAAGAAGAAGAAGAGGACGAAGAAGAGCGUUGAGACCUACAAGAUCUACAUCUUCAAGGUGUUGAAGCAGGUUCAUCCGGACAUCGGGAUCUCGAGCAAGGCCAUGGGGAUCAUGAACAGCUUCAUCAACGACAUCUUCGAGAAGCUCGCUCAGGAAGCCUCGAGGCUCGCUAGGUAUAACAAGAAGCCUACCAUUACCUCUCGGGAGAUCCAGACUGCGGUGAGGUUGGUGUUGCCUGGUGAAUUGGCCAAGCACGCGGUGUCUGAGGGUACGAAGGCCGUGACUAAAUUUACCAGUUCUUGAAUUUUGGGGAUUGGGGCGGUUUUCUACGGUUUGUUGAAAUUUGGUAAUAGAAAUUAGGGUUAGGGUUUUGUUUUAGUACUCCUUAUCUGCUAUUGUUAUGAUGUCUUUUGGUUUUCAAUCAAAUGGUUAUGUGUAAAGUAUUGGUGCUGCAUUCAGGAAUGAAAAUGCUUUUACUUUAUGUUGUCUUUGUU